UCACUGUGCUGGCGGGGCCGGGCGUACAAAGGGCAGGUGCUGGGAAGACGUCACGAAAGUUCAUUUAAUUAAAUUAGCGACGGUAAAAGCAAUCGGAGCGCUCUGCCAGACUCAUCUUCCUAGUGAGCGAUUGCCGAACGCGUGUAGUGGCAACAGCAUGAACUCGAAGCCAGCAGCACCACCACCGAAUGGGGCAGCAGUCCAGCAGCCACAUGUCCCGUACAACAUCGACUGGAUAUUCCCGAGGCUGAGACGCCCGAAUAGAUUAUGGCAUAUAGCCAGCACGGGCGUGAUCGGGUUGGUUGGAUUUUUCUCCAAAAUCGUCAUUGUUUGGCUCAACAAAGCUCGCGUACAUAAUAUCGAUGUUCUGGAGAAUGCGCUCGAGAAUCGACCCAAAGGAAAGUCCCUGCUGACCGUCUCCAACCAUCAUUCGUGCUUCGACGAUCCAGGAAUUUGGGGUUUGCUUAAGCUGCGAAACGUCUGCAACAAGAACGUCAUCCGAUGGUCAAUGGCAGCGCACGACAUUUGUUUCACCUGCAAGGCACACUCACUGUUCUUCAUGUAUGGGAAGUGCAUACCGGUGGUGCGAGGUGCCGGUGUAUAUCAACCAGCCGUUGAUCUGUGCAUCGAAAAGCUAAAACUUGGGCACUGGGUGCAUGUGUUCCCGGAGGGGAAGGUCAACAUGACCAAAGAAGAUCUUAGGUUCAAAUGGGGCGUUGGACGAAUAAUUUACGAAUCACCGGACCUGCCCAUCAUCAUUCCGAUAUGGCACAUCGGGAUGGACGAUGUACUACCCAACGAACCGCCAUACUACCUCCGGAUGGGCAAGAAACUAACAUACAACUUCGGUAAUCCGAUCGACCUAAGCGCUCUUAUGGAACGGUUACGCUCGUCGCCGGUAAGCGAAGAGGAAGCGCGAAAGUUAAUUACGGAUCGCAUCCAGGACGAGAUGAUGAUACUUAAACAAGAAACAGAACGACUGCACUCGGAGCAUGUAAAGAGCUGAGAGCGGAAUGGCCGAGCGACGGAUGGACCAAUAAGCCUCACUGAUGGACAGAAUGAUCGGCAAGCGUCUUCCAGAGACUCAUAACCAAGACCUUACCUGCGCCACACCAGUUGUUAGUGUUGCUUUACCUUUAUCGAUCAUUAGCAUAAUUAGUAGAAUAGGCGUUAUGAUUCGGAUUCAGAUUUAAAGUGCAUUUUAACGUUACUAUCAGGUGAAGUAGCAGUUGCGUGUAGAAUUCAUUGGAAACUCUAGUCAAACAGAAACCAGAAGAUGCUAUAGUAACGGUCAGAAGAAAGCACGAAGGUGCCACGUGAAAAGAGCGUAUGAAUCCUGCGGCGAUAAGCAAAGAUCUCGGAAUCAGAUAGCCUGGAGGGGCGACUCUGACGCUGAUGAUGAGUGCACGCGUGCUACGAUUGAGCGAUCAACGAGCGUGAACCUCACGUCCAUUAUUUAGUAUUUUCCAUUACUAGUUUUUAACGGUAGCUUUCGAUUAACGCGAUAAGAUUUUGCAGUCACGAUGCACGAUGCCGUAAAUAACCCUUUUCACAGCUCAUCUGCUUACGAGAAGCAAUAUGCGUGAGCGAUAAGCGAGAGCGAUCCGGGGUUUUGGACGCUUCUUAAGGAAUAAAUGUUCGUAUCGAUUAGAAUUCCAAAAACACUAUAAUUUUACGACUUAAUGCUAAAAUCACUUAGAUUUAUUUGAAAACUCUGUUCCCUUUAUAAGAAAUGUUCGCUUAUAAAACAAUCGCUAGCUGAGCUUUACACAAUUACAAAUUUUU